AUGAUUUCCUCGAAAUCAAUAAUAUUAUUAACACUUUUUACUUUUAUUUGUAAUACAUCAGAAAUAUAUACUUUUAAAAAUGACUGUGAUUUCAAAUUUAAUGUGAAAUUAUUAAAUGAUGUUUACGACAAAUAUAAUGGGGAACCCAUCAAUGGGUACGAAAACAAUGAAAAUUAUUGCACAAAUUUAGAAAGUUUAAAUCCGAUUAAAUCUUUUUGGGCACUAAAAUUGAAAUCUCUAUGUACAGAAGAAACCUCGAUUUUGGAUAAAGAAGUAUUUGUUAAUGUAUGCAGUAAACAAUAUUCUAGUCCCCAUGUUACUAUAAAUGAUAUAUCACUAGAAAAUAAAACUACCAAUAUCGAAUUUGUAUGUGCCCAUUUCUUAUAUAACAAUAAUAAAGAAAUUAUAAAAUGUAUUAAACAUAAAGUUUUAGGUAAUUAUUUAGAUUCAUAUCAUAUUGCAUUUGAUUUAUCAAUGCCUCAUGAAUUACUUAAGCAAUCAAAUCAUAUUGAAGAUGUAUUAAAUUUUAAAGAUCUAGAAAAUUUUCCAAUAGUUAAAAGAAUAGUUGAUGAUGCAACAUGUAGAAUACAUUCAAGUAUACAUAUUAUUAUGGAUAAACAUGAUUUUUAUUUAUUGAAAUCCUUAAUUGGAUUAUGUACAAAAUUAGGGUUCCACACCCAAUUCAUAAUAACAGAUAAUAUACACCCAUUGUUGUAUCCUUUAUUUAAAGAUAUAUCAUAUAGUUUAAGCUCAUUAAAUUUUGCAAUUCAAAACAGUAUAAUAUUUUAUACACGAUAUGAGUAUUAUUUAUAUAAUCUUAAAAUAUCAGACAUUGAUCAUGUAUUAGGUUCUUAUAUAUCACCUUCAUCGUUAGUUUUAAAUCAACAUAAUUCUUAUGUUACAUGGUUAGGAUUAGAUAAAGAUAAUGAUAUAUAUAUGAAGAAAUUUAACGAGUUGUAUAAAAUUGUUGGAGAAGCUCAAUAUAUAGAAAGAAUAAUACAUUGUUAUAGUAAAUAUACAUCAAAAUAUUAUGAAGAAAGUAUAAAAUAUUUUUUAAAAUAUAUACCAGAAAAUAAAAGAGAUUCUAUGAAAAAUAAUCCCAAAAUAUUUAUAUAUAUAAUUAAUGGGUUAUGUAAAGAUAUUCCAUCUGUUCAUCAAUGUGCCAAAAAAAUUAUUUCAUUAGAAAGUAUAUAUGAUCUUUAUUUUAAAAAUUUUAUGAUCAAUUUUCUAUAUUAUAAUGUAGCAUGUAUAUUUAAUUGCUCUGGACCAAACAUAGGUAAUAUAAUAAAUGAUGAAGAAUUAUGGGAUGUUCUAGUAGAAUAUUUUUCCAAUAGUUAUUUAGUUAAUUAUAAAAAAACUAAAAAUACAAAUAUAAUCAAUAGAAUAACUGGUGCUACUACAAUAAGUGAUCAAAAAGAAGAUCAGUCCUCAGAAGAAUAUAAACAACUUGCAAAUGCAUUCUAUAACAAUUAUGAUUAUGAUUAUUUAUAUAGUGCAAAAUGGAAAAAUGAACUCAAAUUAGAUGAUGAACUUUCUAUUUUUACUCCAUCAGAUGAGGCUAUUGAAUAUGAAUUUUAUAAUUAUACUUUUCAAUCACUUGACUUGGGAAGUUAUGUAUUUUUUAUACUUAAAAAUGAAGUAGAAGAGGACAAUAUUUGUAUAAUGUCAUCUUUCAUAGAAGAGAAUGGAAAGAAAUAUUCUCGUACUAAUAAAUAUAUUUCUGAUAUUUUUAAUAAAAAUAAUAAAAGAUUGCUUUCUUAUGAAAGUAAUGGAAAUGAGGAUGGGCUAAACAAUAAUGAUGAAGAAAAUGGUGGUGAUGAAAAUAGUGGCGAUGGAAAUGGUGGUGAUGAAAAUGGUGGUGAUGAAAAUGGUGGCGAUGAAAAUGGUGGUGAAGAAAAUGGUGGUGAUGAAAAUAGUGAUGAUGAAAUUGAUGAUGAAGAAAAUGGUAGCGGAGAAAAUGGUGAAGAUAGUGGAAAUAAUUUGAGCAAUUUCAACAUAUUUGAUGACCUAUUAGGAGGAAAAAAUGGAAAUAGUUUUAUGGAUUUAUUCCAAAAUAACAAGAUAUUUGAUCAUUUAUAUAAUCAUAAUGAUGAAGACGAAGACGAUGAAGAAGAUGAAUCUAAUUCUGAUCCUGGCGAAGUAUAUGAUGAAGAAAAAUAUAAAAUUGAAACAGAUAAUGGAUAUGUAUAUCCACUAAGAAAAGAAUACACAUUAAACGAAUUACAAGAAGUUCAUAAAGAAGAUCCAAGUGCUAAUGAAUUCGAUUCUAAAAUAAGACGACAUUUUUUUAAUAGCAAACUGUCAGGGAAAGAAGUUUUCUUCACUGUUAAAGAUGUUCCUUCAAAAAUUAAAAAUCUUUAUAAAUAUUAUUAUGAAAUAAAAAAAAAAUCGGAUAAAUUUAAUAAAGUCGAUGAGGAGAAAUAUAACAGUCUAAUUGAACUUUCUAAAAGUGAUCCAGAUGUAUUUUCAAAAGUUAACAUCGAAUUUGUUUGUACCAAAACAGGCAAAUGGCCAAUUCGUGGAGUAAGUGGAAGAUGGUUAUCUGAUGUUUUAUGUGAAGCAAAAUUUGUUCCACAAUUGAUAUAUAAUCAUGAAUAUGCAGAUAAAAACAAGGCCAAUGGUAAUAUUAGUGGGUCUGGCGAAUUAGACACAAAUCUCUAUUCUUUGAAAAAGGAUACUAGAUUGAUUGGUAUUGAAUUUGAAACUCAUAAACCUCAUAGAUGUGCUAUUAGCUAUUUGGCAGAUGAAGGACAAAAAACAUUAAUACCAGUUUCUGCAAUGGAUUUAAUUAAAGCAGCAGUAGGAUAUUGUAUGUUACAUGGUUUUAAAACAAUAUGGUUAGCUGAUUCGGCUUUUGACAUAAAUACAAAUAUUUAUUUAAGAUAUACAUCGAUUUUAGAACAUGGAAUAACAUAUUAUGAACAAAGUGGUUUUGAAAUUUAUAACCAAACAAGAUUAAUACCAAAACUAGAAUAUAUUGCAUCGGGUAUGAAUAUUGAAAAUAAUACGAUUGUGUCUGGUACAUAUAAAAAUAAAUAUAAUUUAAUAAGUUUUCCAGGAACCGAUUUAUCUUUUCAUUUAUUAAUGUCAAAAAAAGUAAAAAACAUUAUUCAUAAUUUAAAAUUUGAUUGUCAUGAUUGGGCAUUUAAUGGUUGUGGAGAAUAUUAUAUAUUAAUGAAUAAACAUCCAUUAAAAAAAUAUAAAGAUAACAAAUAUGAUACAAUAAUUUUAGAUAGGGAAUAUUCACAAGAAGAAAAAGAAAAAAUGUAUCAAUGUGCAUUUAUGCAUGAUCGUACAUUUAUAGAAUUAAAUAAAAUGUUCCCAAAAGAAUGUACAUAUAAUUCAAGAAUCGGUGAUUGUCAUAAAAAAGUAAGGAAAAAUAUUCCUUGUUAUGAUAGUCAUUCAUGUAGAUAUUUAAUUUAUUUAUAUAAUUAUUUUUAUAAACCCCAAAAUCAUAAAAAUUUACUUAAUGAGCAUUUUAUAAAAGUAUCUGAAAAUUUAACAAGAUUAGCAAGGCCAUAUUAUUUGCAAUCUAUUUUAUCACUAGAACAUGAUAUAAAUAUUAAAAAAAGUAAAAAACAAGAUACAAGUUAUGAAGAUAUUGCAUUGUUUAUUUUGAAAAAUUCUAUAUUUUAUGUUACUUGGGUUACUUCUAGUGAAUAUUGGAAAAGAUCGAUGUUUGUUCAAGACAAUAAUCCAUUUACUACUAGCAUUGAAUCUUAUGAUGUAAAAAAAGAAUUAUUUUGUCCGGUUGCUUAUUCCCACGAAUAUGUAGGUCAUAUGCUAGUCCAGUUUAUGAAAUUCCCAAAAAAUUAA